AUAUUGAUGUCGCAGUUGCUUUUGUUUGUUUGCAGUAAAAAGUUCUCAUCUUUGUGCCGCUAUGUUGGCUUCUGUGGGGUUUCUUUUACUGAAUUUUCUCGCUUUAAGCGCAGCCUCAACAUAUCCCAACUACCAUGCAGAAUUCCAUGAUGACGAUGAAGAGAUUAGCGAUAGCGCCAAAUGGUGGCAAACGGGAGCCUUCUAUCAAAUCUAUCCAAGGUCUUUCAAAGACAGCAACGGCGAUGGCGUGGGCGACUUAAAUGGCAUCUCAUCGAAUUUACCGUAUCUCAAAGACUUGGGCAUUACGGCCACUUGGUUAUCGCCGAUUUUCACCUCACCCAUGGCUGAUUUUGGCUAUGAUAUAGCCAAUUUUACAGAGAUCGCACCAAUUUUUGGCACCAUGGCUGACUUUGAGGCUCUAAUGGUUAAGGCCAAGGAGUUGGAUAUUAAAAUUAUUUUGGACUUUGUGCCAAAUCAUUCCAGUGAUGAAUGUGAUUGGUUCAAACGAUCGGCAGCUGGUGAAGAGGAGUACAAGGACUUUUAUGUAUGGCAUCCAGGACGUAUGGUGGAUGGAAAACGGCAACCGCCCAGCAAUUGGAUAAGUGUAUUCCAUGGUCCUGCCUGGGAAUGGCAUCCUGGACGUAAAGAGUAUUAUCUCCAUCAGUUUGUCAAAAAACAACCAGAUCUAAAUUAUCGCAAUCCCAAAGUGCGCGAGGCCAUGAAUAAUGUAUUACGCUUUUGGUUAGCUAAGGGCGUAUCCGGUUUUCGCAUCGAUGCUGUGCCCCAUGUCUUUGAGCUGGGUCCAAAUGCUCAGAAUGAAUAUCGCGAUGAACCUCGCAACGAUGGGGACAAUGAUCCCAAUGAUUACGGUUAUUUGCAGCACAUUUAUACAGUGGAUCAGCCAGAGACUAUUGAUCUUGUCUACUCUUGGCGUGCCGUCUUGGAUGAAUUUCAGCGGGAGAAUGGCGGGGAAGACCGUAUCUUAAUGGCCGAGACCUAUUCACCAAUAGAGAUUGUAAUGAAGUACUAUGGCAAUGGCACUGCAGAGGGAGCUCAAUUGCCAUUCAACUUUCUACUGAUAAGUGAGCUAACAAAUGCUUCGAAUGCCCAGGCCUAUGCCAUGACAGUGCAAAAAUGGUUGCAGUACAUGCCGGCAGGAAGAACAGCUAACUGGGUGCUGGGCAACCAUGACAAGCCCAGAGUGGGUUCCCGACUGGGUUCAGAUCGAGUGGAUAUGCUUAACAUGCUAAUCACUACUUUACCAGGGGCUAGUGUGACUUAUCAGGGCGAGGAAUUGGGCAUGACGGAUGUGUGGAUCUCGUGGAAGGAUACUGUCGAUCCCUCAGCCUGCAACACCAAUCCCAGCAUCUAUGAACAGUUUUCACGGGAUCCUGAACGUACACCCUUCCAAUGGUCCAAUGCAAAAGAUGCUGGAUUUAGUAAUGCCAAUAAAACUUGGCUUCCUAUUGGUCCCGACUAUCAAGUGGUCAAUGUGGAGCAGGAGAAUCAGACGCCUCUUAGUCACCUGAAUAUCUACAAGAAGCUUCUGUCACUAAGAAAAGAGUCAAAGACCCUGCAGCAGGGUGCAACUGAAGUGAAGGCCCUUAAUGGGGCAGUUCUAGCGGUGAAACGUAUGCUGCAAAAUGAGCAGACAUAUAUCACAGUCUUAAAUAUCUAUGAUGGAGUGGAGACUGUGAAUCUACAGCAGUUUUUCAAUGAUUUACCUCAAGAGUUGCAAGUUGUUGUUAUAUCGGGCAGAUCCAUUGUCAAAGAAGGGGAUCUAGUUAAGACUGAUUCAAUUCAGCUGCAACCCAAGGACUCUUUAGUACUAAGAUCUACCUCAACGUUCUACAGCGGUUACUCAUCCGGUGGGCAGUUUCCUCUGCCAUGGAGCAUUUAUCUGGGACUUGGUCAAGUGGCUCUCUAUCUCAGCUAUCGCCAAAUUCUUACACUCAAUUGAAUGUUAAUUAAAUGAAUACUUAGAAAUAAAGAAAAACACUCGAA